AACCGAAUGAAAUCCUUUCAAAAAGGAUAUUCGAACUCUAACCAAUCCCUGCAGGAAUCAACGCAAAAGAAACCAUAUUACUUCUUCUAUUAUGAUGAAAAGAAGAAGAUUCACAUACCACUUCUGGAACCCACACAAAUCAAACCGAGGAGGUCAAAGAAAAAGAUCCCGCACCAGCAAGAACAUGGCUUCCUCUUCGGCUCCUCCACCACCGGCGCACAAGUAUCUCGACGGGUCGUUCCUUUGGUUCAACGACCGCGAAGAGGCGACGCGGUUCUCCGAAAAGUUUGAGCAUCGGGAAAUUCUCCCUCCCCGAUUCUCCACAGCCCGCUUCAUUCAUGACUCCAUUCCACGUGAGGCACGGAUUAUCCUCGAACGUGGAAACUUCCUCGAUCUCCUCUACAUCAAGAAGGUCAAUUAUCAACCCUUUCUUGUUCGAUCUUUCUACUCGAACUUGAAAAAGGAUGAGGACGGAGCUUUGAUCUCUAACGUCAACGGGGUGGACAUCUAUUUGAAUGAGGAGAACAUUCAAAUCCUCACCGGGCUUCGUUGGGACGGACAGGAUCUCGGGCUCUACGUUGGAGAAGAAGGAGCACGGUUCAAUGAGACCGCUCUCUUGGAGGAAGUGGGCAUCCGACACUUCGUACCCACUCCCCAACAGCGGCGCCCUACGAUUGCUUCCAUGAGUCCCGUGUUUCGAUUCAUCUUUUAUGUUUUGACACGGAUUCUCAAGCCCAGGAAGUUCAAUCACACCACUCUCUCCCAGGAGGACACGAAGACAAUUCAUGCGAUGACUCACAACGCCAAUCUCAAUUGGUGUAAAUUUGUGAUGACUCACAUGUUCACGGCCACCUCCGACAAUCGGCCGCUCCCCUACGCCCUCCUUGUCAUGGCAAUUCUUGAAGAAUACAACAUCAAAACCGAUGUUGGGCCAAAGAUAAAGGGGACAAAGCAUUGGGAGAUUGAUGAAUCUUCUUUCCACUCGGGCACCGACGAGACUCCGUUUCGACAGCCUCGUCCACGCCGACAACCGAGAGCCACUGCCUCAGCCGCCACCACUUCGACCAAUCCUUCUCUCGCCGAGCAAAUGGCAGCCUUAACCGCCACUCUCUCUCGGAUUGACACCAACGUCUCCAAAACGGCACACAACGUCAAUACCUUGAGCCUUGAACUUCACGGGUAUUUUGGCUUUGUCAAUUACCCGUACGCUCAAAUGGUCCCUUACGUUCCUCCACCGAAUUUCGGAGGUGAACAAAGUGGGACUCAAAACGUUGGUAGAGAUGACGAGGUGGACGAUGAGGAAGAAGAAGAAGAAGAGGAAGACGAAGCUGAUGAUGAUGAUGAUGGUGAUGAAGAUGAAGAAGAAGAAGAAGACAUUGACGAAGAACAACUUCUCAAUGAUCUUUCCCCGGAUUUCUAGAGCUCUAGCUCUACUUUCUUCUCUUCCUUAUUUUAUCAUCUUUUAAUAUGCUUUCGUUAUGUACUCCGCUAUUUCCCUUAAUUAAAUUAAUAAAAAUCUUUAUGAUUUUUGUUGUUAAUGUCAAAAGGGGGAAGAUAAGGGCUAUGCAUAUAUUAAGGGGGAAUUUUUUUCAAAAAAGAUCAAAAUCCUAUGCAUAUCCCCGUCUUGUUUGCCAUUAUCAAAAAGGGGGAAAUUGUUGGAACACACUUUGUACGAUAAACUAAAGUCGUGUUCAUUUC